AUGCCAAUCAAGAACCCCGACAUCAACCCUCCUCUUCGUAUUCCCACCACCACUUCUGCCGCCAAGGACCGUACAUCUCCUCGAUAUCGGGUCGUACACCCCCCGCGCGUAUCGCACAGUACCUCUCACCCGCAUGACCCAGAUAGCGUCAAAACUGGAGCACUUCCAGUCGUCAAUGAAUUCCUCACUGCCCAACUGGACCUGCUUGAAAUGGCUCCCGACCAUUCCAAGUCAACCGGAACGCGUUCCCCAGCAUAUUACGAUUUGCACCUCGACGAAUCCUUGGUUCUGAAGAAGAUCAUUUUUGUUGAUGACUUAAACACGAAACUGGCGGCUCUCUCUGACGGAAUGACUCCGUCCGGGUUGCGCAAGAUCAAAGACCCCAAGAAAUGUCCUUCCAUCAUCUUCGACAGCAAGGCGAAGGAGAUGCUGGAAAUUCCCAUCCGGAAGGAAGACGUUUUGACCGAAAUCUAUGCCGCCCGCACUGGCGACAUCUGUGCUCCCAUUGCGGCCACCAUAGUGCUUGAAAGCGAAGCAUGGCCACCAGAUGUUCUCAAAUGGGUCACUGAGACAAAUGCUACUCGUGCCGUAGCAGAUGGCUUUCUCGUGGCUGACCCCUCGAAGGAAACACUUGAUGCCCUUCCUUCAUCUUUCAGGAACGACCUCAAGGCCCUUGCGGAUCAUCAUCUAAAACGAGUAGGUGUUUGGGAGUUCAAAAGCCUCAAGGCAGCCCCAGAAUCGUUUAUGCAAGGGAUUUAUACCGAACUCGAAGGUGAUUUCCCUUGGCUCUCCUGCGAAAACGCGGUGCAAGUCGGCGAUCAGAUACAUUCUCACUCGUGCGGCACGGGGGAAUCCCAAGGAAAAUCCCAUCUGACGAAGAUGGGUCGCACAACAGUGUCAGGUAGAAAAACCGGGCCUGAUUCUGAAAUUAUCGCUUGUCAGCUCUUGAAAGGCUCCUCCAGGAAGGCAGAGGCAUCACUGAACAAUGCAGAUACUAACGAUUUGAAACGAAAACGUACAGCUCCGCAUACUAUUGACACUGCCUUACCCGGGAAACGUUCCGCAUCGAAUCAUCAGCACCCGAGGUCCUUCCACUACUGCCGUGGUCCUGAUUUCUGGACGUCAGAAAACCUAAAACGAGUGUAUAUGCUUCAGCAGGUCUGGGCAGAAGCCGUCAUGAAUGAUGCGACGUUCCUUGUCAUCCAAGCUGGAAACUGGGAAUUCAUUGGCGUUCGAGCUCGAGAGACCCAAACCCUUUAUCUCUCAUCGCUGAUUCCAGUCCCCGGAGAAAUCUCUCCACCGUACAACAAAGUACAGCUAGGAUUGUACAUUGCCGCCUUCGCCGAUGCAAUCCAGCGAGCCAGGAAACUUGACGAAAUUCUCUCUCUGGUUGACGAAUCACUUCUUCCACUUUAUCAUAAGGAGUAUGAUUUCGAUUCUCUGAAGUAUCCUGGCCAUUCGAAUGUACCGCUAACAGCUCAGGAGAAGAAGAAACAAAUGGCAGAACAAGCUUGUGUUGACAAGAUAUUAAAUUAUUACCUGCAGCAUGGGGUGGAAAUUGCCACGAACAUCCAACGCCCUUUGGUAGCUGAAGGGAUCGAAGAUGCGCGUCUAAUACGCUGGCAGCCGACCAAACCAUCAACAACUUCCCCUUUAUGUACGGCUACGAAAGAAGGUGGAACCUCGAUCAAACCUAGGGCCAUUUCCCAUCUGGACUCGAGGCCAGGAGAAAGUGUGGUCCUCCUUCCCAUAGGAACGGAAUUAGUUUCGAGCGGAAAGGUCUGGCGGGCUCGACUUCAAAUCCAAGGAGGCACCUUGUUCAAGAAGACCCGGUUCAGGGAAGUGGUCAUGAAGUUCGCUAGAAGUUCCGAGGAAUGGAAGGCGCUUCAGGAAGAGUAUCACAGAUAUUGUCAGCUAGCCGAAGACAGGAUCCCGAACAUUGUUCAAACAUAUGGUAUCUUCCAUGUCGACUCAUCCCCAGCGACGGACUUUCACGUUCUUCUCAUGAACAACGGUGGUGUUUCGCUCUCGGAGAACAACAAAAAGAACUAUCAUAAGAACUCAAACUAUGGUACAGCUUAUGGGGAUACUAUUCUGGCAGCACUCACAGAUAUGCACGAGGAACGCCUCCUUCUUGCCCCCUCCCUUACUGCUGACCACAUUCUUGUCGACACAGGCGAAGAUUCAGACGAUCCCAGCAUCAUUUUCCUCGGCGUGCUGAAGUGGAAAGAUCAGGAGGGUGUGCCAUAUGAGCUCGAAUGCAAUAACGAGUUGGAAUUGGAGAAGAUACAAGAGAUCAAACGCGGAAAUAGACGUUUACGAGACAAGGACCUAAGAGCACUACUCUAG